CAUAACUACUAAAUUAUCUAGUAAAAUAACUUUCUAAUAAUACGAUUUUAUAAUUAAAGAAAUGUCAUUUUUUUGAAAUUCGACCGCACUAUUUUAAUCAGCGAUAAACCUAUCCUCUAAUGUUGGUCGUAAAUCUUCGAAAGUCAAAGUUCAAUAAGCUGAAUCAAAUAAAGCAAUCACUGCAAGUCGUCUCUGUAAUUAGGCCGAAACUUAACCAAAAUACCUCCCGUGAUGAAUGUACAAUAAAUAUGUUUUGUGAAUUUGUGGAUAAGUUUUUAACAAUAAUUUUGUGCGAUACUAGAAGAUGACGAAAGACGAAGAGCAUACGGAAAAGUGGAAAAUUACGCGAUGUUUGAGCGGGUAUCCUUGGAAUCGCUUAAAAUGGUUCAAUUACGAGGAUUUGGUGCGCUUGAUGUAUCGACCGACGGAUCCUUCGAGUCUGGGAGUAAUAAGAUUUUUAUUUGGAUUUUUAAUGUUGACGGAUUUGCCGGAAGAAAGGGCAGGAGCCUUCAUUGACUUACGAUGGGGAAAUCCCAGAGAUUGCCAUUUUCCAUUAUUUCCGUUUAUGACCAAUCCAGGAUAUUCCGUUAUUUCCUUGGUAUAUUUGGCGUUGUGCAUAAGUUCUUGUGGAAUUAUGUUGGGCUACAAAUUCAAAUCGAGUGCUAUAAUUUUCGCAAUGUCCUAUUGGUAUUUAUUCCUUUUGGACAAAUCGUUUUGGAAUAACCAUAGUUAUUUAUUCGGGAUCGUCAGUAUAUUGCUCGUAGGCUCAUCUGCUAAUCAUUAUUUUUCCGUAGAUGCUAUGCUGGAUCCUUCAAUAAGAAAUGCCGACGUUCCUUACUGGAACUACUUCAUCUUAAAAUACCAAUUUUUCCUGCUGUACUUCCUGGCGGGCCUCAAAAAAAUGGACUUCGAAUGGUUAGAGGGGUAUUCCAUGGUCAAUUUGGGUACACAUUGGGUCUUUUCCCCCUUUAGAAUUGUAUUAACCUCCGAUCAAAUCGAUUAUCUUAUAGUGCAUUGGUUUGGCUUCUUAUUGGAUUUAACCGUAGGAUUUUGGAUGUUAAUCGAGUACACUCGGCCUGUUGCUAUGGUGUUUUGCGCCAGUUUUCAUUUGAUGAAUUCUAGGCUAUUCAGCAUUGGUAUGUUCCCUUACGUAUGCUUGGCGACCAUGCCUCUAUUUUGCGAAGAAAACUGGCCAAAGAAAAUUAUUUCUUUUUUCGCCAGAAGAGAAUCAAUACCGGACGAGAAGAGAAGAAAUAGCAAAAGCGAAAAUAAGCGUUUUAAACCGAAACUGAAACACAAACUCGUCGUCGCCUGGCUAUUGUGCCACUGCGGUUUACAGGGUUUCUUGCCCUAUUCGCAUUUUAUAACAAAAGGCUACAACAACUGGACGGACGGUCUGUACGGCUACUCCUGGGACAUGAUGGUCCACUCUUGGAACACAGUCCACGUCGUUAUCAAACUAGUGGACAACGUGACGGGAAAGGAGCAGUUCAUAGACAACGAUGCUUAUACAGUGACCGACAGAUGGAAUAAACACGCCGACAUGUGCGUCCAAUACGCCCAAUGUCUCAAGAGGAACUUGGAAAAUGCGAACAACACCGAGGCGAAUCAGCUGGAAGGCUCCUCUUCAAAGUUCCCCAACGUCUCGAUUUACAUAGACGUCUGGUGUUCGAUGAACAAGCGGUUCCAACAGAGGAUGUUCGAUCCCACCUACGACUUACUCAAAGCGAAUUGGUCUCCCUUCAGGCCCGUCGAGUGGCUGAUGCCUAUUUUGUCAGAGUACAACGAUUUCCGGAGGACUAUGAACGAAAUCACGGAGCACGUGUACUCCUGGUCUAAUAAAAGCGAUGUUUUGUUCAUCGCUGAUUUUCCCGGAUUGCAUUUGGAAAAUUUCAUCGACGAUAACUUGGAAAACAUCACUUUGACGGUGCUGGAAGGUGAGGUGGUUUUCGAAAUCGAAGACCACGAUAGCUUUCAGUCGUUGGGGAUAAAAUUAGGGAAAGGAGAGUCGGUUCCUGUAGAUACUGGCGUGUUCCAUAAAGUCCACGUAAUCAGUGAAACGCCUUCCUGUUAUAUGUAUACGUUUUCUAGGAAGGAAAGCGAGGAACAGCCGGAUAAUCCAGUCGUUGCAAAGGGUGCGAUGCACUCGCCGUUUCCUUUAGUGGAAAAUUUCGGGGAAAGGGGGAACAGAAUAGUGGCCAUGUGGAAGCACAUUAGAAAUGGUAUUUUUGAUAUUUUAUUUGGAAUACCAUACGAAAUAUAGGAAGAGAUGAUUUGAAUAAAAUGCUUCCAAUCGUUUAUGACAGUGUGCUAGCUUAUCAGCGCGCUUUAAUUAUCCACACUGUAUAAUUUUGAUUUCACUUUGGGACGUGUCACGAUUAAAAACCAAUGUAUUGUUAUUAAAAAUGCU